UAAUCAUAUAAAUGUUUAAUAAUAAGCAUGAAGAUUAGAAUAUAAUAUUCUAAUCUUCAUGAUAAUAAUUAAUCAAUUAUUAUAAUUUAAUAUUUAAUCUCAAGCUGGUUGCUGGUCGCCGUGUCGGUGUUCUAAUUUUGUGCAACUUUGAUUUCAUUUCGCUAGGACUUCGGUCUGGCCGUUGUCGUCUAUCAGUUACGAAUCUGUUGCCGAAUCCCAGAGUGCGUAUCCGGCAAUCGUCAUAAACUUUAUUUUACCCAUUGAAUUUAUUUAACGGACUUAUAGAACAGUCCGAGCAAAUACGUCAUAUAUUCAUCUAGUCGUAAGUCUUAACAACAACAAUGUUAGUAUGUUACAUCAUUUGUCGUUGAUCGCGUAUGAGGAUAAUGUGUGGAGGAGUUGUUUACUACGUUAAUAUAGAGGAGAUAACCAAAGUUACUUUGGUUUUGGUUAUAAUGUGUGGUGUAUGUGACGUUUGUGUCUACGGUAUUACGUAGGGCUAAUGUUACAAUAUUAUUAAUUAUUACAUUCAUGUAUUAAGUCUGUUUUUGAACGUGUUAGAACGCAAUGGCAACUACUAGCAACGAGUCAGAUUCUUCUCGAAAGAACACAGACAAUAAAGAAAAUGAUAGCAAAGAUGAACAAAAUAACAUGUUUGAAUGUAACAUAUGCUUGGAUAAUGCAAAGGACGCGGUUGUCAGUGUUUGUGGCCAUUUAUUUUGCUGGCCAUGUUUACAUCAAUGGUUAGAAACGCGAUCAAGUCGACAAGUAUGCCCUGUGUGUAAAGCUGUUAUAAGUAAAGACAAAGUAAUACCAAUCUAUGGGCGUGGAAAUACUAAACAAGAAGAUCCGAGAAACAAAGUGCCACCUAGGCCUGCUGGUCAAAGAACUGAACCUGAUGCUCAUACUGGAUUCCCUGGAUUUAACUUUGGAGAUGGUGGUUUCCAUUUGUCAUUUGGAAUAGGAGCAUUUCCUUUUGGAUUUUUAACAUCAUUUAAUUUUUCUGAUCGUCCACACGGAGCUCCAAUUGCUGGUCAAUUACAACAAGAUGAUCAUUACUUAUCAAAAUUGUUCUUAUGGAUUGCAGUAAUAUUUAUUAUUUGGCUAUUGUUGGCAUGAUUUACUUGUACAGUACGUUCUUUUAUAUCAUUAUUUUAUCAUUUAUUGAAUUACUAUAGUAAGCACUUCAUGGUGGCUUCUUUUUUUUAUAAUAUUUUUAUUCACUAUCUAGUUAUAACCUAUUAGAUAUAUAAGCUUUUCAAAUUGUCUUCAUUUUUUAUUUUUUGGUGCUUAGUCUGAAAUCCUUAACUGUGAUUGUUAGUCAUAUUUUUUUGUUAUGAUAUAAAGAACUUAAGUUAUAGUUUAAUAUUAAACUUUUUAACAGUUUGACGAUUAUUGAUCUUUGGUGUAAUUAUGAAUAUUCUUGGGAAAUUAUAUAAUUUAAUUAGUUUCAUGUUUUUAAUAAUAUUAAAUGUGCGAAGCAAACAUUUCAUUUUUUAUUGUAUAAUGUUAUUAUAAUUGAAAGGAUUUAUUUCCAAUUUCACAGUCUAAUUGUGUACUAUUUAUAAAUAUUAUUUUAUUAAUUAUUAUAUUUAUUUAUGAUGGUUUUGUUUUGAGUUAAUUAAAAUAGUGUAAUAAUUAUUUAUGAUUUGUUAUGAUAAAGCUGUAACUUUUUUUUUAUUGUAUUUGUCCCAUUUAUUGUAAGAUUAUUCAACAUAUUGUCUGUUACUCAUUACAUCUAUUUAAUAUUCAUUUCUUUUUUAUUUUUAUUUCCUAAUUCAGUUAACCCGAAAGUACACUUUUAAAGAUAGACUAUAAAUAAAAUUAAUUUUGAAUAUA